AUGAAUAGCGACAAGAUCGCGUUGCCGCAAGAUGUGGUAUAUGUGAAGAAUUUGACGUUGAAGACGAUUACUGGGCCGGAUAAUUGGCAGAGACAGAAGCCGACCCCGGUGACGUUGUCCAUCGAAUGUCGGACCUCCGUCGCGCUCGCUGGGUCAACGGAUCACCUCCCGUAUUCCCUGCAUUAUGGAACGAUGUGCAAAUUGGUUUCGGAUUAUGUCGAAAACGGGGAUUUCAAGAAUCUGGAAGCGUUGGCGGAGGGGGUUGCGGGUGUUACCCUGGGGGAGGAAUGUGGUGCUGAGUGGGUGAGGGUGAGGGUUGAGAAGCCGAGAGCGUUGUUGCGCGCGGAUGCGGCGGGUCUCGAAAUUGUGAGGAGGAAGGAUGGGAAGAGGGAUUGUGAGGAUAUGGUUUUCAUUGACAACCUUCGUCUGGUCACCAUUAUUGGUGUCAAUCCAUGGGAACGUGUCGAGAAGCAGAACGUGUUCAUUCAGCUUGAGCUGUACAAGCCUAUCCCGGUGCUAAACGGCGAUACCAGCAAGAUUGGACAUGGGUAUGAUUUCAGAACGACUGUACACACUAUUACCGAUCACAUCGAACAAUCCGACUACAAGACUGUCGAGGCGUUCGUCACGGCCAUUGCAAAAAUCGCGUGUUUGGACUGCGGCGUGCAAAAGAUCAAGGUCACGGCAGAGAAACCAAGCGCGUUGACGUUUGCUUAUGCUGCUGGUGUUACCAUCACUCGUGAAGCUUCGUUCUUUGCGUCUGCUGAGAAGGAGGGAAGCAAGGCCGUCAACGGAAGCGGAGUACACGAGAGGAGAGAGGAUGUUUACGUUGCUCUUGGAGCAAACAUCGGGGAAAAGGCAAGCAACAUCAACGCUGCGCUCAAGGCAUUGGAGAAGAGAGGGAUUAAGAUCAUGCAAACGUCGUCGCUCUAUGAGACCGCGCCGAUGUACGUCACUGACCAACCAUCGUUCCUGAACGGCGUCGCAAGGGUUUCAGUUCCGGCUGGUAUGACUCCACACGAGCUGCUAAAGGAAUUGAAGGCUGUUGAGGAUGAGUGCGGACGUGUAAAGACCGUAGAGAAGGGCCCUAGAACCGUGGAUCUGGAUAUCGUCCUCUUCGGAAACGAGGUCGUGAGCACGGAUGACCUGAUCGUGCCACACAAGGGUAUGCUCGAGCGAGGAUUUGUCCUAAAACCGCUCGCGGAUCUGGCUCCUGGUCUCGCACAUCCACUUACAUCCACGACGAUCGCGUCCCAUUUGUCCGCGCUCCCGAAAAAGGACGUGGAUGAGAUGGAGGCCUACCUUCCCCUUCCUCGCGGAAGGGUCCUGAUAUUGGAUCCGUUGAGGAGGGAGGUACCGACGACGGUCAUGGCGAUUCUGAAUUUGACGCCUGACUCGUUCUCCGAUGGUGGGAAGUACUCGUUGAAGGAUGAGGAUGUUGUUCGCACUGUGAAGCAGAUGGUUGAGGAUGGUGCGGGGAUUAUCGAUGUUGGUGGACAGACGUCUAAGCCUGGUGCUGUCGAGGUACCUGUUGAGGAGGAGGUCGAGAGGGUCGUUCCUGCAAUCAAGGCGAUUCGUGCAGCGAGGAUUGAUGUUCCUAUCAGUGUUGACACUUACCGUGCGCAGGUCGCUAAGGCUGCUGUUGAGGCUGGUGCGGAUAUCGUUAAUGACGUUUCCGCUGGUACGCUUGAUCCGGAUAUGUUCAAGACGAUGGCAGAGCUGGAUGUUCCGGUUUGCUUGAUGCACAUGCGUGGGACGCCGGAGACGAUGAACUCUAUGACCAAGUACCAAGGUGAUUUGGUAGAUGUUGUUGGACAGGAGCUCGAGGCCCGGGUCAGGGAGGCAGAGGAGGCGGGAGUGAAGAGGUGGAAUAUCAUUCUUGAUCCUGGUCUUGGAUUUGCCAAGACGGCGUCGCAGAACCUCGAACUCAUCCGUCGCUUCGAUGAACUGCGUUCUCGACCCGCAUUCGUCGGAAUGCCUUGGUUGAUUGGUCCGAGUAGGAAGAAGUUUGUCGGUCGUGUGACGGGCGAGGAGGGUGACAGGAAGUGGAGUACUUCUGCGGUCGUUGGUGCUAGUGUCCAGGCUGGUGCGAAUAUCGUUAGAGUGCACGAUGUGAAGGAGAUGGGCAUGGUCGUGAAGAUGUUUGAUGCGAUGAGAGGGGCUGUUAAGCUGGAGUAG